AGAAAUAACAGAGGAAUAAGCCAGUAACGAACAAAAUGUUACCUUUCACUGCAGUUGGAUCACUCAGCACUUCUGGUCAAUCCUGGAUUUUAAACUGACUUUGUUCACGGAGACUAUCUGGAAUAACUGUGAUGGCCGAGGUGUCAUUAAUACAUUUGGGAAUGUUGCUUGUUAUUGGACUAACAGUCACAGUGGCCAACGGAUUUUCUUCAUUUGGUCAAGAUGUGCUCGUGAAAAAAACCACGAAGGAUUUAACCGAAGAAUCAAGUGUGACUCCUGAGCAGUUUAGUGUGUCUGCAUUCAAACCUGGAGCUUGUUAUUUCUGCCAGCUUCUAAAACCACGGAGGAGAGCCAGGAGAUGUACGUGUUACUCGUACAAAGACAAGGAGUGUGUUUACUACUGUCACCUGGACAUCAUCUGGAUCAACACACCAGAGCGCACUGUCCCAUACGGCAUGUCAAGUUAUAGAGGCUCCCAGCGGGUACGGCGUUCUGCCGAGGGCAGCGUAGGAGGUCAGCGCUGCACGUGUGCUUUACACAGCGACCAAGAGUGUAAUGCUUUCUGCAGUCAGAGUAGGGUCACGUCAACAUGACUGUCCAUCUGAGCACAGCUAAACUGAUCCUCACUCAUCCGUUCGACUGCUUCUUCAUUCUUCUGUCCCAGCACCUGGAGAAUCACCUCAGAGAACAGGUUCAUGUCUGUCCUAAAGGAAGCCCGUCGGAACUCCAUUACUGAGAGGGAGAAGUAAAGAGCAGAGAGAGUCGUGGAGUACUUUCGCUGUCAACGUGAAAGCAUUAUAAAACAGCACCUAUAUAAUACAUAUAUCUGAAGUAGCUAUGCGCUGACUGCCAUUCUCAAUGUGACAUUCAGAUGAGAUGCUGUGAGGGUCUAAAUUAGCGCCUGCAUUAUCUUGCAUGUACAAUACGGUCUUUCAUCAUUUGAACCAUGAGGAUUAAUUUUCCUCAAGAGUAUGAAUAAUUAACGAAGCAGACAAUAGGUAAAUUCUUAGUUUUCCUCAAGCAUAAAAAAAUCCUGUAUUUCACGACUAACCAAAAGACGUUCAUUUUAAAUGCCACAGUAAUACACAUCCCACAGUAUGAAUAACUGUGAUAAAGAGUAUAUGCAAUAGAAUAUCUAUUUAUUCCACUAACCAUAUAUUUUUAUAAUACAUGCUCCAAAUUGAAACAAAAAAAAAUACUAUUUUCUUACCAUUUCAAACCAUUACAAGAUAAGCCAUCCAUAAUUUAUUCAAAUGCC